CUCUCGCCUACAGUACAGUGGCUUUUUUGUCCAUCCAUACAUUUCACCCCCAGCUCCUCACAAAUUUAGACCAUGGCAAUGGAAAUUCACCUCGGAUGGCGGGGGAACUUCGUAUCGCUAUCCGUUAUAUCACUGUCAAUGUCCCCGGCUUGCCAGGUAAAAGGGCACAACAAGUUGCUGACGACUUUGCCGUAUCGUAGCUUUCCAGACACUUUAGUUACAACCAGGAUUUCACCCAUUGCCCCUCAGACUUUAAUAGCGACGACCCAAAAUCGGUUUGGAUUUAUUGCGAUUCCAAUAUUCACUAGCGCCAGCCUGAAGUCAACGACAUUCCAGUAGAAUUCUGAAAGGUUACCUAUGACAACGAACAAUCGGCGUAAGUUGCAAGGCCCCCUUCGUUAGCUAGUUU